UCGCACACCACCCAGGUGCCGUGAGACAGCAGCACUACACACCGUGCGGCCGUGGACUUAAGCUUUGGUAAUACCCUACUGUCUGUGUAGAAACAAAAUAAGCAACCCACUUAGGAGAGCAGAAGAAAAUGUUCAUUCAGAUUUGACUUUUCUCAAACCUGCAUACUGGGAUGAACAAACUAAUAAUCACCUGACCAUUGCAACUCAUCCAAAGAAAAGGGGGCUUUCCAUCCUCUAAACACUCACAGAAAAACUUUUUUUGCAGUGAGAAAGAAACAGAAGUGAUUACAAGAUAAUAAUGUAAUUCCUUUGAAAUGCACUUUGGAAAGAGUGAUUAACACACUAGGUUUCACAACCUUGGUUACAGUUCUUGCAAAAGCUGGAAGUUCCUCUUGCAUUCUUUUGCAAAACCCUCUUAUCUUAACAUGUGGUUUAAAAAUUUAACCUCCUGUAAGCAAUGUUGAUCCAGUUCUACACUGCUGUCAUUGAGCCCAACCUCACUUCGUUCAUAACUGCUCGGUUUGGGAAGCCACCGCCAUGGACAAGGCCGACUACCGUUUAUUAUGUGGUUGGUAGACAGGAUCGUUGUCAGACACCUACCAGAACUCCAGGACCAGAAAGCAUGCAAGCAAGAUCCUCCCUUCCCAUCAGAGCCUUCACGCUUUCAAAUUUGUUCUUUUGGGAAAGCGGUAGAGAGCCAUCAUCACCCAAACAAUUACAAAAAACAGCUUUUUCCAUUAAGCACUAGCGCUUGCAAACCCCUGAAAUGCACAUACCACAUAACCCAUACCUAACCUGAAUAAACAAAAUUCCACUGCUGGCAUCAAGCUCUAAAGUAAUUGCAUUUGGGAAUUUGCACUGGUCACACAGUGGACAUCCUAAAGUGACAUACAUUUACGAAAUUUACACUUCAAAUCCACUACCCAGGAGCUGUGAUGCACCAGUGGUGGCAGCUGCUCUGCCCUGUUGCCCAAGACAGAAGUAACUAAGAACUGGUGUGAACAUAGAGACAAUUUGAACUCCAGACUGAGGGAAGACGCAAAGGAAGACACCAGGAUCCAAAUUCUAGCCAUUUCUAUUCGCUUGACUUGGAAUCCUUGUUUUUCUUAACUGCCUUUUGGAUAAAUUGACAUUUAAAAAUAUUGUCCCGUUUGUGGAGUCUGGCUUACAAUUUCUUCCUUUUACCUGCCACACUGAAGUGGUCAGCAAAGAGAUGACUAGGUGCCUGCUGGGGUAGAAGUUCAGUUGUGCCCCUGCCCUCAACUUGCGCCAACGGAAAACUGCUUUGCAUUUCACUUAUCGAGGACAUGUGGUAAAAAGCCACAUGCUUUGGUCACACCGAACAGAGUAUAUGAAGGACUUCCUCACACUGACCAACAGGCUUUCUUUGCAUCGCUGCCUGCUACAGAGAAGUGGAUUCAGGGAGAGGAUUAAAGAUGAGGACGGUCUGCAUACUCAGUCUGAUGCUGGUUGGGCUGGAACUCGCCACCGGGACAUUAGAGAUUGCUGCUUUCAACAUACAAAGACUUGGAAAGACAAAAAUGUCAAACAGCACUCUGGUUAAUAUCAUUUUGAAUAUAAUUGGCCGGUACGACGUUUUGCUGGUCCAGGAGUUGAUUGACAACGAUCCAGCUCUACCGGUUACAAACAUGCUGAUGGCCAGUGUGAACGCGACAUAUCCUACAACCUACAGCUACAGAGUGAGUGAAACCCUGGGAAAGACCUGUUACCAGGAGAGGUAUCUCUUUAUCUACAGAACCGCCAAAGUCUCCGUUGUCCAGGACUUCCAGUAUGACCAUGGGAACAACCGUAGUGCUUUCAGUCGCCCACCUUACGUCGUCAUGUUUUCAGCCGGUGUCAAACAGUUUGUGCUCAUUCCCCAACACGCUUGUCCCACAAAUGCUGUGAGGGAAAUAGACGCCCUGUUUGAUGUUGUCACAAACAUGAGUACAAUGUGGGGCACUUCUAACAUUCUGUUGUUAGGAGACUUCAAUGCUGGCUGUACUUAUGUCCCAGAUAAAGCGUGGGCAACCAUCCGACUGCGUACAAACACCACUUUCACUUGGCUGAUCCCUGACUCUGCAGACACUACGGUGUCAGACACGGUCUGCCCGUAUGACCGAAUCGUGGCAACAGCGACCAUGAUGACGUAUGCGUCUCCUCACUCAGCACAAGUCUUUAACUUCAGGGCAGCAUACAGUCUAGACCAAAGUCUGGCCAAAGCUGUCAGCGACCACUUCCCUGUGCAAGUGACGCUCAACAUUUGACCUGGAGCAUCAUUUUAUGUCAACAGAAUCAUUUAUAGAGAUGUACUCAAAGUGAGCAAACGAAUAAGAAGAAAAUAUUGUUCUGUUGCUCAACAUAAAACUGCUGAAAAAUCUGUACUGUGGUGUUUUACUGCUUCCCAUUUCAAGCCUACGGUUCGUUUGGCAGUGUAUAUAUUGGUAGUCAAAGGUUACCCUAAUUUGGUGACAUUUAAAGUCAGUAAUAGUACAUCCAGUAAAAUGUACUGCAUAUCAUAAACUUCUCAUUGUAUAAUUUUUUUUUUUGUAAAGGGGGGAAAUCACAUUUGCCAAGGCCCUUUUUCUUCCCUACACUUUCCAUAUAGCCAAAUGUAUGGAUUCUCAACUACAGAAUUAAACAAUAUAGUUACUUUUAAUGAAAGUUCUUGGAAAAAAAGAGGGAAAGUAAACCCCCCCAGAGGUAACCCUGCAUAGCGAAGCAAACCUGGAAUGGUUUGGCUAUGGGUUUUUUUUUUUUUCUUUUUUAAACAUACAUUUGUAAAGAAAAAAUGUCUUUUUUUCCAUUCUCAAGUUCUGUCAACCUCUGUUACUUGUGAAAUUUUUACAUUUAAUUUUUUUCACUUUAUCUCCCU